UGCUCAGAACUAGCAGCAGGGAGAAUGGAGUCUCCUGCCUCUUUGGGGCUGAGGGUUGGGUGCUGUUAGAGGCUGCUUCCCUCUCCACCCCACCUGAGGUGUGCUGUAGCUGAUCCACCUUGGCUUGAAUAUCUCUGAGCAAGGGGUCUGGUCUCAGCCCCACCAGGGGAGGAGGGGAAAUCCCUGGUGUGGAAGCAGUUCUUCAAGGCAUUGUGAGGGGUAUUUUUGGGUUUCUGACUGUUGCCUGUGCACAUUCCUACCUGCUAGCAGGUCAGCCAGCAGCAUGGGAGCUGUGUGCCUCCUUUGGCUAUUGGCUUGCAGGGUGGACAUUCAGCCCAAAAGAAUUAACCAACUUUUCCUUAUGCUCUUCUGGUGAAAUCGUGGAAGCCUGAGCAAAACUGGAGUGGGUUUCUCAGUCUCAUUCACUGGUGCUGUCUGGGAUCCUUUGGUUCAGCUUCUAAAGCUCUUAGCAAGCCAGUGACCGUGUGUGGUAUAUAUUUCCUCUUCUUCUGCUGAGGUGUGUUCCAGGCUGGAAAUCUCUAGGGCAGGGCUCUGAUUCAUUGUCUGCAGAGCACCCAGAGCCUGCGAGGUGUUUAAAGGUUUGGCCUCUUAUCUCUGCAAGUACACCUAAUGAACUUUAUGGCAAGGAGAUAAAGCCACAGUAAACUGAAGAAAUAAAGUAAAACUGGAUCGGGAAUCAAGGAGCUGAGGAUCCUUCAUGUGUUGCUGUUGUUGAUGUUGCUGUGUCCUGUAGGUGCAGAGCAAGGGAGGGACAAACUCUGUGAGGGACCAGAGCUUCUGAGCAGCAGAGAGAAGCUGGACACCAGCUCUGCUCUGCCCCAGGCAGAGCCUUGCUUGCAGAGCUGUGUUCUCCCUGUUUAACUGCAGGACUUUGCCUUCCCUCUCAAAGUCUCUGCUGUCUCCUGCCCUGGUCUAUUUGCAGCAAGCAGUUGUUUUGGAGCCUGGCAUUUCCUUCUAGCAUGGCAAACUGACAGCUUGCUCUGAGCAGCUAAAUGGAAGGGAGGUCUGAUUCUCACUGAAAAUAGCAGUGAAUCCUUUUCUCUGAGGCACCCUCAGGAUUUCACUCCCUGGGUUUUAAGCCCAGAAGGUUAACAGCAGAACUGAGAAUAGCAUGGGAGCAGGAGUGCAUCAUGGGGAUGAGCUGCUGUUGGUAAAGCAGAGCAGAGUUGCAGCAAGCCUGAGCUGUUGAUAAGAUAGAUAAAAGCACUUUCAGUGUUUACAUUUGUACUUAAACCUGUAGCAGCUGAAAGGUUUUGGAGCAGCUCAUUGCCCAGCAUGUCUUCUCAUUGAUGGCUGGCUGUGUCUCCUGUGGAGCUGCCCAGGGCAUUAAUCCAUCCAUUUCACAGGAUAAGCCUUUCUGCUGCAGGAAAGUGCCUGCAUUGUCUUGUGCUUGAAGAGGCUUUUCCUUUUAAGAGAUGAGGGCAUAAUUGUGUUCCUGACUGCAGGGCAAGGUGCCACUCUGCAGCUCUACACCAGGCUGGUGCCAGGAGCCAGCUGGGAGCAGGAAUUACUGCCUUGCCUAUUCAACCCUGGCGUGGGCUGACUGUACCUGCCCUGCUCUCACUCUGACCCACCCCUCUGUUUCAAUAUCUUACCUUUCUUCACCCCUUUCUCUUGAUUCUGGCCAUUGUGUUUCGCCUGUGAGCAGUGCCUGGGAAAGAGUCCUGCCCAGCGUAGGUGGUGAGUGGUGCCUGUGUUUGAAAUCUGCUCCAGGGCAGAGCAGGCACUCAGGGCUCUCCUGCCCCCGGUGUCUCUCACUGGGGUGAUUCCCUUCCUGCUGCAGCAGCCUCAGAGAAACAUGAUGAAGCUUAUGCUGGCAAAAGGCAAAAAGCCACAAUGAACACGGCAUUGUUUUGCUAAUGAAGAGCACAGUUGUAUUCCCUUACUUCUGCUGAGUGUUUUGUGCUUCAAAGAGGUCUGCAGCAGUACUCCUGCAGGCUGCUUUGUUUUGGUUCUUGUUUCCUAUGCUGUGUUCUCACAUGUACUGCACAGGAAAUCUCUGCCUCUCCUCCCUCUGCCAAUGUUUUGUUCCCUUAUCCUAAUCAAAAUUCCAGCAGCUGAAUUUGCCUAUGGACUUCCACGUGCGCCUUGCCGGUGCCUUGUUGACAGCUUUUGUCCAUGUGCCUCGGGUCUUGGAAUGCCAGGGAGUUCACCUGGUGCUUCUGUCUGGGCUUCAUCCCAGCCUGAGCCGAGCUUUUCAGAAAUCUCUGCUUUGGGUCAGCAUUAACGUGCCUCUCCCAGGGCAGCUCAGCUGGCGUCUGCCUUGGCUCGCUCUUGGCAUCCCCUGGUUGGAGGUGCUGCUGUUCCUUGUCACCCGAGGGGCUGGGAGCCGUGGAGGCUCGUGGGGCUCAGCAGCUCAGCCCCGAGCUGUGGGAGGGUGAUGCCCUGGCCUCCCCUGGCUGCCCUCCCCAGCUGCCUGUGCUGUUAGUGCUUGUUUUCAGCUGCUGACCAGCUGGCUUACACGCUCCGGGAUUUGUUUGGAUGUUGUGGAUGGUAUUUAUUUAACUUCCAGGAUGUGGUGGUCAUCUCAGCAGCUGAUAACGUGGUUGGGCCUAUUUAAAUGGCAUCUUCUGUCUCAGUGCCCAGCAUCUGAGGUCCCUGAAUAGUUUGAAAUAGCUGUACUGCAGCCUGUGCUUGGGGUGUACUUUCAAAGAGCCUCAGGCAUUUUCCUCUCCAUUCAUGAUUUUUUAAAAAAGUGUGUAAGGAAAGAAAAAAUAGUCUUGUCUCUUGUUACUUAAGAAUUGGGAUUUAGCUCACUGUUCCAGUGGCAUACCUUGGUAGGAAAAACCUGUGGGGAAGCUGCUGAAUUCAGCCCUAACCAGAACACAAUGAGCCUUCCCUGUUCACCUUCUAGCUGAAGCCUUGCUGAUGUCCAGUAAUCUUAUUUUUAAACCAGAUCUGAUUCAUGCUCUGUUUUCUAUGCCAGAUGAGGUCCUUGGUUGUGAGUAAGUGUUGUGACUGUAGCUGGCAGGAGCGCUGCAUGAUUGCCUCACUUCAGGAAAUGUUAAAAUAACACUUUUUUUUCUUAGAAAGCUCGUUUGCACCCCUCCCACCUCUAAUUCUCCUAAUAGCUGCCCCCAGUUUGGCAGCUGUGUGACAGAGGGCUGUUUGUGUUGCUGAGUGAGAGCAGAGACACUCGAGUGGAUGCAGUGCUGGAGGAGAGGUGCACAGAGAGAGCAAGGAUCUCUGGCCAAGCUGGCUUAGACCUCUCGGAGGUUUCUCUGCAAUCUGGAAGGAAAACUGCUCAACUGUGGGAAGGAUCUUGCUCCUCCCCCUGUGCUCUGCAGCUGAAACUGGGGAUUUUUUUUUUCCCCCCUCUUGGAGAAGAGAAGCUGCUCACUUGAGACGAGCCAGGCAAAGGUUUAUCUGCCCUUGGCUGGGGGGGUUCAGAGGGGCCAGGAGCUGCCGGGAUGAGUGUCCCCCAGCAGAUUGUCUGCUGCUCUGGACUUGCAGCCAGGCCCCCGAGGCAGUCCUGAGUGGUGCACAUCUGGGCAGAGCCUCCUGGCAGCCUUGGCCGCGGGGCUGGAUGACAGCAGGAGCUGCCAGGUGAAUCCAUGAGCCUGUGAGGAGGCCAGGCCGGGCGGCACCAUGGGUCAGAAGGUCACGGGUGGGAUAAAGACCGUGGACAUGAGGGACCCUGUGUACCGGCCGCUGAAGCAGGAGCUCCAAGGACUGGACUACAGCAAGCCCACCCGGCUGGACCUGCUGCUGGACAUGCCCCCGGUGUCCUACGAGGUGCAGCUGCUGCACUCGUGGAACAACGACGACCGCUCGCUGAACGUGUUCGUCAAGGAGGACGACAAGCUGAUGUUCCACCGGCACCCGGUGGCGCAGAGCACCGACGCCAUCAGGGGCAAGGUGGGCUACACGCGGGGGCUGCACGUGUGGCAGAUCACCUGGGCCAUGCGCCAGCGGGGCACCCACGCCGUGGUGGGGGUGGCCACCGCCGAGGCGCCGCUGCACUCCGUGGGCUACACCACCCUGGUGGGCAACAACCACGAGUCCUGGGGCUGGGACCUGGGCCGCAACAGACUCUACCACGACGGCAAGAACCAGCCCAGCAAAACCUACCCCGCCUUCCUGGAGCCCGACGAGACCUUCAUCGUGCCCGACUCCUUCCUGGUGGUGCUGGACAUGGACGACGGCACGCUGAGCUUCAUCGUGGACGGGCAGUACAUGGGGGUUGCCUUCCGAGGGCUCAAGGGGAAGAAGCUCUACCCGGUGGUGAGCGCCGUGUGGGGCCACUGUGAGAUCCGCAUGUGCUACUUGAACGGGCUCGACCCUGAACCACUGCCUCUGAUGGACUUGUGCCGGCGAGCCGUGAGGCUUGCCCUGGGCAAGGACAGACUGGCUGAGAUCCCCACCCUGCCCCUGCCAGCCUCCCUCAAGAGUUACCUGCUCUACCAAUGACCCCCGUGCUCCAGGACAGAGGUGGAACCGAGGCAUGGAUGGAGCUGCCCCGGAGCCCUGGGCUCUCCCUGCUGCUGGAGCUGCCUGGCCAGAGGAUUCCUGCCCUGGGCUCUCCCUGCUGCUGGAGCUGCCUGGCCAGAGGAUUCCUGCCCUGGGCUCUCCCUGCUGCUGGAGCUGCCUGGC